CAACGACUCCAUCCUCUCCAUGUCAUGAUCCAUUCGCCACGAUUAAGCCAAACGUCACCUUCUGCUUCGAGAUAUCUGGCAUGCGACUCCCUUCUCUGACUUCUACCGCCGCCGUGUCAUCGCCACAGCUCGCUUACAGCCAUCUGCUCCCACUAGGGAACAUCUUUUGCCUGUUCGCCGUGCGCUAUUAUUAAAACAUGCCCACUUCGCUCCGCCGACAAUCGCUCGCGGGUCUCUCUUGACAGGCUGCAACGUUACGGGCCCUAACCAUCCCCCGUACAAAUUUCCUCGAGGCCCUUUUGUAUCCCCGCUCCUCCUGCCCUGUCCUCCGCAGGCAAGGCUGCUUGGGCGGAUUCCACCCGCAUCAGCUCUUGAAACAACGCCGGUCUGUGUCAAUCCCUUACUGCUUUAGGAAGCUGGCUCAUUCAUUGACCAACCCACCCCCACUGCAAAUCUGCAGCCGCGAUCGUGGUUGGCUUGUGCUCUCGUCGUGCCCCCUCUUGGGCCCUGCUUGUGCUUUGUUACUGUCGUGUUGCGUUGCCCGCACCGCGCUGCACCGUGGUAGGUUUCUCCGCACGCUAUUUGCUCGCGACGCCCCGAAAACUCUUUUCUGGUUGACGUCAAGCGGGCUACAGCGACUGCAGCGGAUCCAAUUGGCCUCGUACAGCCGAGAGCAGGGGACCAAGGCAGAAAAAAAGUAUGUCUGCACAAAUCGGCUCAAGCUACCCCGGCCCGGCCUCGCGUAGAUAAAAAGGACCCGGCUGGCCGCACCACUUCGCAGUAGCUUUUCUUUGUUGCUUCAUACCUUUUUGGUUACCAUCCCUAGUCCUUAUUCUUCCAUCCUUACACAAUGAAGGCGCAACACAUCCUCGCCUCUGCCUCUGGCCUUCUCAGCGCUGCCAAUGGCGCUUCGCCCGACCCCAAGAGACAGCCCUUGCCUCCCAUGGGCUUCAACAACUGGGCUCGUUACAUGUGUGACAUCAACGAGAAGAUCUUUGUCGAUGCUGCCGACACCAUGUCCAAGAACGGUCUCCUGGCUGCUGGCUACAAUCGCCUCAACCUCGAUGACUGCUGGUCCACCAAGAAGCGUGAUGCCACCAACAACAAGAUGGUCUGGGACACUACCAAGUUCCCCCAGGGCCUUCCUUGGCUCACCAAGUACGUCAAGUCCAAGGGCUUCAUUCCCGGAAUCUACAGUGAUUCUGGUACUCUGUCCUGCGGUGGCUACCCCGGCACUCUGGGUUACGAGGAGCUUGACCUCCAGACCUUCUCCGACUGGGGUUUCGAGUACCUCAAGCUUGAUGGCUGCUAUGUUCCCACGGACAAGGAGGCUGCUUACCACGAGAUCUACACCAAGUGGUUCAAGUUGCUCGCCAACUUCCCCAAGCCCGUCGUCUUCUCUGACUCUGCGCCUGCCUACUUCUCUGGCGCUGCUAACCUGACCGACUGGUACACUGUUAUGAACUGGGCCGCCGACUACGGUCAAUUGGCCCGCCACUCUGACGACAUUCUCGUCUACCGCGACGGCAACGGCACCGACGCUUGGAAGAGUAUGAUGGUCAACUACGGCCAGCACGUCCGCCUUGCUCGCUACCAGCAGCCUGGCUACUUCAACGACCCCGAUUUCCUCAACACCGACCACCGCGGCUACACCAUGGACGAGAAGAAGACGCACUUUGCUCUCUGGGCAUCUUUCUCCGCCCCUCUCAUCAUUAGUGCUGACAUCCCCAACCUCAGCGCCGAGGAGAUUGCCUUCCUCUCCAACAAGGACCUCAUCGCUGUUGACCAGGACCCUCUUGUCCAGCAGGCCACUCUUGUCAGCCAGGACGCCACCUGGGAUGUUCUGAGCAAGAGCCUUGCCAACGGUGACCGUCUUCUCACCGUUCUUAACAAAGGCGAGACCCCUGCCGACAUCACUGUCUCUUGGGCUCGUCUGGGUAUCCGCACUGCCCGCAUCGACCCCAACACCGAGCUCAACGUCAAGGAUCUCUGGACCGGUGCCUCCUCCAAGGUCAAGAUCAGCGCCGCCGGUGUUUCGGCCAAGGCUGUGCCCCGUCACGGCACUGCCGUCUUCCGAAUCUCGGGCCGUAUGGGCGGCUCCGACCACCCCAUCGUUACCCCCACUGGCCAGAUCUUCAACACCUUCUCCCUCAAGUGCCUGACUGAUGACAAGUCCGGUACCGUUAGCUGGAAGGCCUGCGACGCCUCUGAUGCUCAGGUCUGGGUCCACCGUGACGAUGGCCACAUUAACAGCUUGCUCCGCCCUGAUGAGUGCAUCGUCGAUGCCAACGGCCACAUCUUGUCCCGCCACUCCGGCUGCCACACCGAUGCCUGGACCUACUACAAGGGUGGUAACUUGGUCAACAACAACAACGGCCACUGCUUGACUGAGAACGCCGAUGGCUCUGCCAGCUCCAACUUCUGCGAGUACGAGACCAACGACCAGGUUGUCGGCCUGCCUAUUGGCGUCCCCGUUGUUGAUGUCACCAACUUCAAGAAGACCCAGCAGUAGAGUAUGAUAUGACGUAGUAAUGGAAAGCAAUGUAUAUCUGGCCGCGGUAUGAAGAAAAGCGCAGCCUCGUUUAAUAGCCUAGAAAUGAAUAAUACACAUACAUUUACAUGUACAU